UCUCGCGAGAGCGCCAGGCUCGGGCGGCGGGGCGGGCGGCGGCUCUCGCGAGAGCCGCGGCCCCGGACCCAACAUGGCGGAAGAGGAGGUGGCCAAGCUGGAAAAGCACCUGAUGCUUCUCCGCCAGGAGUAUGUAAAGCUGCAGAAGAAACUAGUUGAUACAGAAAGGAGAUGCAAUCUUCUGGCUGCUGAGGCUAACCAAGACAAUGCCAGUGACACCUUCAUCAGUCGACUUCUUGCCAUUGUAGCUGAACUCUAUCAGCAGGAGCAGUACAGUGAUCUGAAGAUAAAGGUUGGGGACAAGCACAUCAGUGCUCACAAAUUUGUCUUGGCGGCACGCAGUGAUACUUGGAGUCUUGCCAACCUUGCCUCAACAGAGGAGCUGGAUCUGUCAGAUGCUGACCCAGAGGUAACCAUGGCAAUGCUGCGGUGGAUCUACACAGAUGAACUUGAGCUAAGAGAAGAUGAUAUCUUCUUGACAGAGCUCAUGAAACUAGCUAAUAAAUUUCAGCUCCAGCUACUUAGGGAAAGAUGUGAAAAAGGAGUUAUGUCACUAGUUAAUGUCAGGAACUGCAUUCGUUUCUAUCAGACUGCUGAGGAGCUGAAUGCUAGCACUCUUCUGAACUAUUGUGCUGAGAUAAUUGCUAGUCACUGGGAUGACUUGCGUAAAGAAGACUUCAGUAGCAUGAGUGCUCAGUUAUUGUAUAAAAUGUUCAAGUCAAAGACAGAUUAUCCUUUGCAUAAGGCUAUUAAAGUUGAGAGAGAAGAUGUAGUCUUUUUGUAUCUUAUUGAGAUGGAUUCACAGCUUCCUGGGAAGCUCAAUGAAUUGGAUCACAAUGGAGAUCUUGCUUUGGAUCUAGCCCUUGCCCAAAGAUUGGAGAGUAUUGCAACUACACUGGUCAACUACAAGGCUGACAUAGAUAGAGCAGACAAGAGAGGCUGGAGUCUAUUACAUAAAGCCAUCCAAAGAGGAGAUAAAUUUGCUGCAAACUUUCUCAUAAAAAAUGGUGCCCGUGUGAAUGCUGCUACAUUGGGAGACCAGGAGACUCCUCUGCACCUUGUGGCAUCAUACAGCCCCAAGAAGCAUUUGCCAGAUGUCAUGGCAGAGAUGGCACAGAUAGCAGAGUCCCUCUUACAGGCAGGAGCCAAUCCAAAUAUGCAAGACAACAAAGGAAGGACCCCAUUACAUGUCUCAAUUGUGGUCAGGAAUGAACCUGUAUUCAGUCAGCUUCUCCAGUGCAAACAACUAGACUUGGAGCUGAAGGAUCAUGAAGGAAGCACAGCUCUGUGGCUUGCAGUUCAGUAUAUCACUGUAUCGUCUGAUCAGUCUGUAAACCCUUUUGAGGAUGCCCCUGUUGUAAAUGGAACCUCAUUUGAUGAGAACAGUUUUGCAGCAAGGUUGAUCCAACGAGGCAGCAAUACAGAUGCUCCAGACACAGUAACAGGAAACUGCUUGCUUCAGAGGGCAGCUGGUGCAGGAAAUGAGGCAGCUUCUCUCUUCCUAGCAACUCAUGGAGCAAAAGUCAACCACCAAAAUAAAUGGGGAGAAACACCACUGCAUACAGCCUGUAGGCAUGGCCUAGCAAACCUGACAGCAGAACUUCUGCAACAAGGAGCCAAUCCAAACAUCCAGACAGCAGAAGCAGUGCUUGGUCAGAAGGAUGCAUCUUCUCCAACAGCAGAGAAUGUUUAUCUGCAAACUCCCCUUCACAUGGCUAUUGCUUACAAUCACCCAGAUGUGGUGUCAGUCAUCCUGGAACAAAAAGCUAAUGCUCUUCAUGCUACCAACAAUUUGCAAAUUAUUCCUGACUUUAGUCUAAAGGACUCGAGAGACCAGACUGUGCUGGGAUUGGCUCUUUGGACAGGCAUGCACACAAUAGCAGCUCAGCUGCUUGGAUCUGGGGCGUCCAUCAAUGACACAAUGUCAGACGGACAGACUCUGCUACAUAUGGCAAUACAGAGACAAGACAGUAAGAGUGCACUCUUUUUGCUGGAACAUCAGGCAGAUAUAAAUGUCAGAACACAGGAUGGAGAGACUGCCUUACAGCUAGCUAUAAAAAACCAGCUCCCUCUUGUGGUUGAUGCUAUUUGUACCAGAGGAGCAGACAUGUCUGUGCCAGAUGAGAAAGGAAAUCCUCCUUUAUGGCUUGCCUUAGAAAAUAACCUGGAAGAUAUUGCAUCAACUCUGGUUAGGCAUGGCUGUGAUUCAACCUGUUGGGGGUCAGGACCAAGUGGCUGCUUACAAACUCUUCUUCACAGAGCGAUUGAUGAAAACAGUGAACAAAUAGCAUGCUUUCUUAUUCGCAGUGGUUGUGAUGUGAAUAGUCCCAGAAAGCCAGGCCCAAAUGGAGAAGGAGAAGAGGAAGCUCAUGAUGGACAGACACCCCUACACUUGGCAGCCUGCUGGGGACUAGAAGAGGUGAUCCAGUGCCUUUUGGAGUUUGGUGCCAAUGUCAAUGCUCAGGAUGCAGAAGGAAGAACUCCAAUCCAUGUUGCCAUUAGCAACCAACAUAACGUUAUCAUUCAGCUUAUGAUUUCACAUCCAGAUAUUAAGCUGAAUGUACGUGACAGGCAAGGAAUGACUCCCUUUGCAUGUGCUAUGACGUAUAAAAAUAACAAAGCGGCUGAAGCAAUUCUGAAGAGGGAACCAGGAGCUGCUGAACAGGUUGAUAAUAAGGGUCGGAAUUUCCUACAUGUAGCUGUUCAGAACUCUGACAUUGAGAGUGUGCUGUUCCUGAUAAGCGUACAGGCUAAUGUAAACUCCCGGGUCCAGGAUGCCUCCAAACUAACACCUCUCCAUCUGGCUGUACAAGCUGGCUCAGAGAUCAUUGUGCGUAAUCUGCUGCUGGCAGGUGCCCAGGUGAAUGAACUGACUAAGCAUCGUCAGACUGCUCUUCACUUAGCAGCCCAGCAAGAUUUGCCCACUAUUUGCUCAGUCCUUCUGGAGAAUGGAGUAGACUUUGCAGCUGUAGAUGAAAAUGGAAAUAAUGCUCUUCAUCUGGCAGUGAUGCAUGGCCGUCUAAACAAUAUCCGGGUCCUUCUCACGGAGUGCAAUGUAGAUGCAGAAGCGUUUAAUAUUAGAGGCCAGUCACCAAUGCAUAUUUUGGGACAAUAUGGGAAAGAUAACGCAGCAGCCAUCUGUGACCUUUUCUUGGAGUGUAUGCCAGAGUACCCUCUAGACAAACCUGAUGCUGAAGGAAACACAGUGCUCCUGUUGGCUUACAUGAAGGGAAAUGCUAACUUGUGUCGUGCAAUAGUGAGAGCUGGGGCUCGUCUUGGAGUUAACAAUAAUCAAGGAGUCAAUAUCUUCAACUACCAAGUUGCUACAAAACAGCUUCUCUUUAGACUGCUAGAUAUGCUGACAAAAGAACCUCCCUGGUGUGAUGGCUCCAACUGCUAUGAAUGCACUGCCAAAUUUGGAGUCACGACAAGGAAGCAUCACUGCCGACACUGUGGACGCCUGCUUUGCCAUAAGUGCUCAACAAAGGAGAUUCCUAUCAUAAAAUUUGAUUUGAACAAGCCAGUUCGAGUUUGCAACAUCUGCUUUGAUGUCCUGACUCUGGGAGGAGUCUCCUAGUAUGCUGUGGAAGUAAAGGGAUUUCCCAGUCAGCGCUCCUGACAGCAGCUUACAAGCCCUCUGGAUAGGGAAGAGGAGGCCUAUACAUGUCUUCUGCAAUAGACUGAACUAAGGACCCUGUUAUGAUAUAUACUGGUAUAAAUGACUUUGUAUGACUGUAAAUGUAUUGGGCUGUGAUAGACUUCACUAGGAAUUCGAGUGGAUCAUUGAAACCAAGUGACAAAAGAAUUUAGACCCUCUUCUAGUUGCAGUGGGGUAUGGAAGCUAAAAUUGUUAGGCUGAUGUUUGAAUCGACAUAAAACAGGUCUGUCCUUGACAUGGUGCUUUGCACUGAGCAACUCCAUUAAGUCCUGUGGCUUUCAGGCUGCUUGGUAGAGAUGGCAUUAAGUUUCAGGGUAACCAGGUAUCUUUCUUUGCUUUGUCUUAAAAGAUAAAUGUUCCCUUUCUUUAGAGAAGACUUCAUGUGAAGCUAGACUGAGCUGUUGCAACCACGGUUCAUUUAAAGAAACUGUUCAAAAAAUGGGGGUAGUUCCAAGCAUAGCUCAAGAAUUGUGGCCUUAUAACAGAAAGCUUUACAACAUCUGAUGCAAAGCAGUCAGAAUUGCAGAUCCACAUCUUGAUACCUCCUCAGUAAAUGUCUCAUUAGCUUUAGCAUGUUCAAGAGAAGUGCAAGAUUGUUUUAGCCCCUAAAUACUCUUGCUCAUACCUGCUAGAGCUGUCAAAGUCUACUUUGUUGCACUUUCACAUUUACCUUGCUAGUCCUUCCAAUUCAUGAAACUUGUAUAAAUGAACAUAAGUGCGCUGAAAGGCCUAAGCAUAUGCUAGAUGGAGAAACACUAAAACUGGCUAAGGAGUCUAACUUGCAAUACAGCAAUAAAUGCUGAAGUGCAUUAUGAAUCCCAUGAGGGAGAGUAGCACUUUCCUUUGGUUUAAAGACCCUGGUGAACUGCUGCAGGAGAGUCAGUAACCCUCCCAGUGUAGAAUGUGCUGCACCUCUAGACAUUAAAUUUGGGUCCAUUUUCAGCAGGAUUGCUGGUGAGUGGGAGUAUAUUUGGAGGCUUCCUAUUAACAUUAAGACUCUGGCCUUGAAGGAAGGAUUCUGUACUGGCAGUGUGGUGCCAGGCAUUUGGAUUAAGCUGCAGUAUUUUAAUCUAGGCUGGUUGUGCUCUCUUAAACAUGCUGAAUCUGUAAAAAUCCAAUACCACGUUGUCUAGGUAAACAGGAAAGUACUUUGCUGAUAGACAAGGUUAUGAUUUUGUGGGCAAAGGCUUCAGUCAGAAAAAAUGUGUACUUAAGCAAAACUACAUGCCAUGUUAAGGCUGUUUUCAUCCCAAGAGAUGAGCCUAGUUUAGAGUCAACUCAGCAUUCCUCAUCUCUAUUCCAUAAGCAUUUAUUUAAUGACUGUUAUCUCCAAUGUACAAUAUGGACAAGUUGGUGACACAUUGCCCUGUUUGGAAUAGUGACUUGUCAGUCUUGGGGUAAGAUGAGAUGAUAAACCAGACUGCUGCUUUUAUGGGAGACUUGCUUGAGGGUUUUCUCAAACUUGUACAGGAAGAGGAUGGGAGAGGGUGUAAUUGCUGACAUUUGCACGAUGAAUUUCACAUCAAGUCUCACUUGAUCUGCACUUUGAUCUUCCAAUAUGCAUGUAUUAUAACUGGAAUCUCCCCUCUUAACACUAGAGAAGAAUAAUGGAUGAUAAAUUUGCCUCACUGUUUAAUGUCUGCUGCUGUCAUGUUCCAACAGAAUGCCCUGGGUAACACAACUGGUCUCUGUAAAACAGUUACUAAUACAAAUGGUGCAUCUCUAGCAUAAUACUCUAGGUGAAUGAGGUGGAAAAUAAUGGUGUCUGAAGCAUUUAACUGCAAGCUACAGUUUGGGUUUUUUGAGUGAAAUAGAUGAUGGAAAACACUGUACUUCUAGUCCAUUGCUUUCUGAUAUUUCAGAGUAUCACUGGUUGCAAGUCUCUAGCAGUGAAAGAUAAUGAUGGAGAGAAAGUGCAUUUGGUGAAAGAAGUCUUGUCUAUAGUGUAUCCCAUGAUAACAUGUUGAAUUCCUUCUUGGUUUAGAGCUGCAGUGCUGUGGAGUGGUAAGUGUGUGCUCAAAAUACUGAGAGAGAGUGGUAGAAGAGUGUUUUUCCAAGAUCACAGCCUACAGACUUCAACUUAAUUGGAAAAGGGCACAAUUUGUAAUUGCUGAAGUAUUUAAACAUCACUUUUUCAGUGACUUCUCUGAUGGAAGGGGCAAAGGAACAGGGAGCUCAGUUCUAAUAGAAUGAGCAACCUUUUAAAUAAUGAAAAAUGUAGAUCUUGUGAAAGUUCAGCUUAACUGAAUGGCAAAUUUAAGGCUGGCUAGUUGCUCUUUUUAAAAGUAGAAUAUUAAUUAAAACCGCCUGAAACUCGGAAAGAUGUGGGAAACCAUAUGUUAUGUUCCUAGUUGGCUUUUUACAGCCAAUACUGUACCAGCUUUCUCACUGAAGUCUGAAAGGAAAGUUAAGGUUAUUGAUAAACUAAUGUACAGCCUGAAGUGUUCAUUAAAUUUAAAGCAACUAAAUUCAGCGAAUUUGAUCAUUUUAAAGUGCCUUUGAGAUAGUUUCCUUCCAGCCAAUUCUAAAUAGCUUUCUGCCAGAGUUAAAGGGGAAAAGCUCACAACUUGAACCAAAACCCAAGUUAGUUCUCUUCUAGUUCAACUAAAGAGGCUGACUCCACCAAACUGGUGGAGCUCAAUCCUUCAUGCAGUCUGCCUAGUAUUGGUCUGAACUCUCAGACCUCUGGGAUUUUGGGGGAGUUUUGCUGGCAGUGCUCCACAGCAGGGUACAAAUGUGAGUGGAGGCACUUGGUAAUGUAGUAGUGGUCAACGCAUUUCUAACUCCAUAAACAACUGCUCUUCCUUUUUGUAGCACACUACAGUUGUGACCAAAAAUCCCACCCCUCUUACCCCUGCUGUCUUUAAGUGGUAUCUAUGAACUUGAGACUCAAGUCUGCCAAGCAUUGAACAAAAGGGUAAAUGGAAAACAAACUUUGGCCCCUGGGAAGUGAUGCUGGCAAACCAGGCUUCAGGCACUUCAAGGGGGCUGCAUGGGAAGUCUGUGGUGGUUCAUACUGUAGCUUUUUGUUCCAAGACUGGAUUCUUUUGGAUAGCAGUCAUCUAGCACUCUUAUACAAGCACAAAAUGUGGUCUGGCUUAAGUUUUAAUUUGUGUGUCUGAAAAAGGUGUAGUCACUGUUUCACACCACUAAGUGGAGUGAGAAUGUUAGUGUUGAAGAUGCUAACAGAGCAUAGCAAGUUGCUGGCUGAAAGCUGACAGAUGCCUUAAUGACUUCCUGUGCUGGAGACCAAUGGCUUGUACAACUUCUCACGUAGUGCUUAUAAAUUAACAUAUACAAUAUGGGAGGCCAAGGCUUGU